AUAGUUUUUAGAGGCCCGGCUUGGUUGAGAUCCUUGCGCUCUCCAAGGUCCGGCCCUGGUUGGUGCUACAAACUGCACAAUUAUAUCCUUCAGUUUGAAGCAUGUUUUCACUUUUAAUUUAAUGAAGUAUGUAAGAAGCAUGCUUUUACUUUACCUUUUGUGAUCUCAAUUAAUUUUCAGUAGUCAGUUACUCCAUAUUUGAUAGUGGGGGCAAAGGGGGUGGUGGCAAGGUUCGGAAUUGUGGUUGCAGUUACGCUACGAACAUUUAUAUUGCCGUAUAAUGCAGGCAAUUGCAAAGACCUCUAUAACCUUUAUAUUGCAACCGUAAUUUAGAACUAUGGGUGGUGUAAGUUUUGCUUCUAUAGGUUUAUGAGUUUGUUAUAACUUAGCACGUUAGUCUAUUUAUUAAGCAUAGCAGAGAUGAGGAUGUUGUGUUGGAUGUGUGGUAAAAUUAGACUAGAUAUGAUUAAAAUGAGGUGGGGUGGUACCUAUAGUACAAAAUAUGGUGGAAACUAGGUUCAGGUGGUUUGGGCAUGUAGAGAGAACACCUGUAGAUUAUGUAAUAAGGAGAGUAAAUCAGAUGAAGGAUAGUCAAAUCACUAGAGGAAGAUCUAGAAAAACUAAAAUAGAAACUAUUAGGAAAUAUCUAGAUAUUAAUGAGUUAGAUAGAAAUAUGGUAUAUGAUAGAGCAUUAUGGCAACGUUUGGUCAAUGUAGCCGACCCCACUUAGUGGGAUAAGGCUUGGUUGCGGUUGUUGUUGUAGCACCUUAGCCAAUUUCAUUUUGUUGAUAAUUUUGAUUGACAUAUAUCUGAUAAGGUUUUUGUCGUUGUAUUGUUUAUGGAGGCAAGCUAUUUCAUCGGUGUUCUGGUUUUAGAAAGCUAAUUUGUGGUUUUUGAAUGGAAAAGAAAAGAACCGAUGACUAUGAACCAAGUCCAGUUCCUGAACCAAGAGCGUUGGAUAGGUUCGGUUUUAUAAAACAGGAUGCUAACACUUCUGAGGGUGUAGCUAAGACGAGUAGAUCAGCACAUGAGUAUGAGAGAAUUAAGGAGGGGAGAAGGGUUAGAAAAUGGAGGAAGAUGAUUGGGGUUGGUGGGAGUGAUUGGAAGCAUUACCUUAGAAGAAAACCUAAUGUUGUUAAAAGGCGUAUAAGGAAAGGAAUUCCUGAUUGUUUAAGGGGCCUUGUUUGGCAGUUAAUAUCUGGAAGCCGAGACCUAUUGCUCAUGAAUCCUGGAGUUUACGAGCAAUUGGUGAUAUAUGAGACAUCAGCCUCUGAACUGGAUAUAAUUAGAGACAUUUCUCGGACUUUCCCUUCACAUGUAUUCUUCCAGAAAAGACAUGGACCUGGGCAACGGUCCCUCUACAAUGUUCUAAAAGCUUACUCAGUAUUUGACAGAGAAGUAGGAUAUGUUCAGGGAAUGGGGUUUUUAGCUGGUCUUUUGCUUCUUUAUAUGAGUGAAGAGGAUGCAUUUUGGUUAUUGGUGGCAUUACUUAAAGGAGCCGUUCAUGCCCCAAUGGAGGGACUCUAUCUGGCAGGAUUGCCUCUCGUACAGCAAUACCUCUUUCAAUUUGAACGCUUGGUGAGGGAGCAUCUACCGAAGUUAGGAGAACAUUUUACCCAAGAAAUGAUAAAUCCGAGCAUGUAUGCAAGCCAGUGGUUCAUAACUGUAUUUUCGUAUUCCUUUCCAUUCCAUUUGGCUCUUCGAAUCUGGGAUGUCUUUCUUUAUGAGGGUGUUAAAAUUGUUUUUAAAGUUGGCCUGGCCCUAUUAAAGUACUGCCAUGAUGACUUGGUGAAGUUACCUUUUGAGAAACUGAUACAUGCCCUGAAAAACUUCCCUGAGGAUGCAAUGAAUCCUGACACAUUAUUGCCGCUGGCUUAUUCCAUCAAGAUAAGGAAGCGUUUAGAGGAACUGAGACAAGAGUAUGAGAAGAAGAACGGAAAGAUGAGUCGAUCCGGAGAACUUUCUGAAAAGCCAAUUCUUCCAAGCAUCCAGACCAGCUGAAGCAAGAGUACAACAAGCAGAAAGAAAUUAUUGUACCUGAAAAACUAUUAGUAAAGCAAACACCUCUUUUGCUGCUAGUGUGAGAAUCUUAACCUUAGAUUCUUUAUAUGUGACCAUAUGCCACAUUCUUUGUACAGUUAUAUUAGUUAUGUCGAUUCUUAUCAUCUAAUUGUGUUCUUAGGCAUAUCAGUGAGUGUGAAAGUAUUUUGUAUAUCUGAA